GUGUCAGUGCGCCGCGGCUUUUACGCACAGCCCUGUCCUGGUGUCAGCCGCGGCUUUUACGCACAUGUCGCCGGAGAACAGCCAGCAAAACAACUUCCCGUACCUUAGCCAGAAAGAAGCAGCGUAAAUCUUAAGCCUUUCAGUAACUCCUAGUAAAUUUCUAAGUCCAUUAUUAAUGUGAGGGGCUGCUGUGCCGGAAUGUUUCUGCAUGUUUCCAGGCGGCGCGCUCGGUGCCAGAUCCCCGCGCUUCUUGGACCGUGGACCGGGACCAGCCAGCAGGCAGCCCGGGUCUAACAUAGCCGGUACCGGGCAGCCCGGGUGUGACAGAGCCGGUACCAGCUGCUCCAUGCUCGGUGGUCCGGGUGUUCUUUAUUAAGUCGAGGGUAGUGCGGGACAGCGGCGGGUUGCGCUUUGGCACCAGCCCGCGUUGCGGCGCGAUGGCCCGGGUCCGGAUCCUGCUGCUGUCCCUGGCCGCCCUGCUGCCGGGCUGGACGCCAGAGGGGAGCCGCAUCCGCAAGAAGGCCAGCAGGACCCGGUCCUGCCUGGACCUGCCGGAGGAGGUUCUGGAGCAGAUGUUCGGCCGCCUCUCGGUGGGGGUGAUGAGCGCCUUCCACCACGCGCUGCAGCUGGAGCCGCAGGACCAGCGGAACCUGAGCUGCCCGGGCGGGCGGCCCGGCGGGGCCCCUGGGGCCCCCGGGGCCGGGGGCAGGGCCCGCCUGCCGGUCAACCUGCUCAGCGUCUCCCCCUGGGCCUACAGGAUGUCCUAUGACCCGAGCAGAUAUCCCCGCUACAUCCCAGAGGCGUACUGCCUGUGUAAGGGCUGUCUCAUGGGGACGUACGGGGAGGAAAGUGAGCGGUACCGCAGCACUCCGGUCUACGCCCCCGCCGUCAUCCUCCGGAGGACGGGCUCCUGCAUGGGCGGCCGGCACUCUUACUCUGAGAUCUACGUCUCCAUCGCUGUGGGAUGCACCUGUGUGCCCUCGCUGGAGAAGGACAGCGACGGCAGGAACAGCAACCAAAGCGUCAAAGUCAGGGAGCUCUCUGCAGGGAAAAGACCGUGACUGAUGGAGGACUGGGGUAGAUGAUGUUUCACCAUUGAUCCACAUGUGCUGACUUUCAGUAUUUGGACAAAGUGAAGUCCAGCGCUCAUCUUUGGAUUUAUCUACACGAAGCUCUUUAUUAACUUGAGUUGAUCUUUUGCAGGAAAUGUUAAGGGGCCCACUGUCCCUCUUGACACGUCUCUCACAUUUAGCACCAGGACUUUCAAAGAUGUUUUCAAUAAACCUUUAAUAGGUUCAAACAAUGCAGAGUACAGUCGAUUCAACCUGCAUCUUUUGUAUCGGCUGACCCGGUGAAAACAGGCCCUGGGGAAGAGGGGGAUAUAUAAUAUAAUAAAACUCUCAAAGUCAUGGAAGUGGUUGUGGACUUAUUCAAAUGUUGGGAAAUGUAUCAAGAAUGUAUGAUGUAACGCUCCGCUAGACCAGGGAGGGGCACAUAUCAGCUACCUGCAUAAAAGUCAUCACUAAAUAAAUGCAUAUUUGUAAUAUUGUUAACCGAAGACGCUCUAACAUCAAAUCAAGUGGACCCACUGUAA